AUGCCUACCGCAUUCCUUGGUUGUUGCGCCGCCGUCCAAGCGUUCGAAGUCGGCAUUGACCUCUUCUUGUGUUCCCGCCUCAACACUAUGUCUGAGGCCGAGAUUAUGGCUAUGCUAUACCGCCUGCAUAGUUAUAUGAACGUGCCACUGCUAGAUUUGGGCUUAAAGAGCUCCCCGCAGUUCUUAAGGGUACACAAAUCCACAUGCCCGAACCUUGCCUUCAGUGCUCCGCGCGCAAGGAUUCCGCUGUCAAGAACUGCACCUUUCUACUAUCUGAAUGAUGAACACCGAGGGGCUGUCAGGGAUGUCAUCCAUAACCGGUUGGCUAUUCAUGCGCCUUCAGCUAUAUCUGCGCUGAUGGAGUCCAUCGAAGAAGACGCGCUUCAUAUGCGCACCCUAUCCGCGGUCCUUGAGGCCAUUUGCCAUCAUCGCGAUGCCAAUCUUCGAGAGUUCGCAAACGCCAUCGCAGACCUGUGUCUCACCGCCGAGCCUGGAACUCUUCUAGGCACUGUUUUCGAGACUCGCGAGGAGUUCGGCUCGUGGUACAGCUUCGUUCAAGACUUUGUAGAUACUCAGGGGGUCCCAGUGCCUGCGGGUUCAAUGAUGGCCGAUUUGGAGAGACUCGUCUCGCUUUUUCAGCAAGAUGAUUCUCCUCCCAUUGCUGGGCCUUCAUCUCUGACACCUUGUCAACGCCGCAUCCGCUCGCUGUCCCUUAUUCCUUCUAUCGCCGUUGCUUUGCCUGGUCUUCCACCUUCCACCCAUUCUCAGGAGGAGGAGGAGGAGGUUAUCGAUGAGCUUGUUGACGAGGAGUCACGUGGCGUGGGAAAUCCAAGGCUCGGAAAGUUUAUUCUAUUUUUAGACGUGAUCGCGCUGGAACGUGCAACUCCAAAUUUUCACGCUUCAAGUGAAUUGCAACGCGGAAUUUCGGAACGUGCACGCCUUGGUCUCAGACACACAUAUAAAAGCAGGCAGUGGCGAAAAAUUUUCGGACAGAACAGUUUUUCGCUUUUCUACCACGCACUCUCAUUUUACCACUCGCUCAUUAUGUCUAUCCCACAAAAUGCUCUUCCCGCCGCUGUCAAGCUUCGCGAGUCUGCUCUCACUGCCUUCAAAACUUAUCAGGACAUGAAAGAGGGACUGAACAGCGCUGCCGCUCUCACCAUUCUUGGCGUAGCCGCUAAUUACUGUGUUCAGCUUAUCGACACCAAGGAUCCGUGUCUGCUUAUGCACCAGCCAAUGCACAACGUGCUUUUCCUUGUUAGAGGCGAGUACAAUACCCGCAGCACUGGAGUUCACGCCAUCGCGCCCCCAGCCGACCUCGACACUAUCAAAGAAUAUUGUCGCGCCGUUCUCGCCGCGCGUGCCACUGCGCAGGUCGUUCCACCACCUGUUACUGCUCAAGCUCAGGCUCAGGCUGAGAUUGCAGAGCACGGAUACAUUUUGAAACAGCGUCCCCGCAAGCUUGUCAAGUCCAAGGCUGUCGUCGAGGACAAGGACGACGAGGUCGAGAUUGUCCCCGGCCCCUCGGAUACCGACAUUAUGAUGGGUGGGUGUGAUGGCCCCAACGCUAUCACUGCAGCUGACACCAUGGCAGUGGACAACCUCUUUGGUGACGAAGAAGUCAAGGAUGCCGCUUCCUCUCCCAAAGAGAAAGGCAAGAAGCGCGCUGCCUCUGGUCCCAAGACCCCAGCCAAAUCCAAGCGUGCCGAAACGGUCAGCAUUCCCUACAACACUGUUCCAGGCAUGGACACUAACAGUCGCGAAUUUCACAAGGCCCUCGUCGUUGAGCAUGCCAAAGGCAGUUGCGCCGGCGACAAAUGCCCUCGUACUGAACCACCCUUUAUUAGUGGUUUAGCAGAUCUUCAGUCUCGUCAAAACGAGUCUGCCAACUCCUUGCUCAUCGACAACCCUCUGUACAGGGAGAUCUUAGCGCGCGCACAUGCUGCUGUUACCAACCGCAUGCCGGCUUAUCCCACCCUUGCUUAUUUCAAGCAGCAAGAGGUCGAUCUUCAUGAACGCGUUCUUCUCAGCAUGCAGCGCCUCGACUUGGAGCUUUGUCUUCGUGAUGUACUUGUCGCUGAUUACGAAAUUGCCCUUGCCCAGAUUGCUGAGCGUGAAGUAACUAAGGAGUAG